CGCGGUCCGCUCCGCGGCUUUAAAGGGAGCCGGCGGCGGGCGCGGCCGCAGAGGCACCAGCGGGGGCACCGGCGGCAGAGCGGCACCGGCUCUGCUGCGGCUUCACCCACCCACCGCUCCCUUGCCAGCCUCUCCCCGCCCAGGGGCGGGGGUCCCAGGCCGGGCGGGCCACGCUUCCAGCCGUGAGGGCAUAGCCGGGCAUCGCGGGACGAAGCACUCGCCAUGAGCGACAGCCCCAUCCCACUGCCACCGGCUUCGGCCACCAAGCCCAAGCGGGCCCGCUCAGCGCGGCGGCCGGCAGCCCACCCUGCGUACUCGGACAUGAUCACGGCAGCCAUCCGGGCCGACAGGAGCCGCGGCGGCGCGUCCCGGCAGUCCAUCCAGAAGUACGUGAAGAGCAACUACAAGGUGGGCCAGAAUGCCGACGUCCAGAUCAGGCUGGCCAUCCGGCGCCUGCUGGCCACUGGAGUCCUCAAGCAGACCAAAGGAGUCGGUGCCUCCGGCUCGUUCCGCCUAGCCAAGGCCAGCAAGGCGAAGAGGUCUCCUUCCAGGAAGAGGAAGAAGGCGGCCAGGAGAUCCACUUCGCCCCGGAAGACGGCUAAGUCCAGGAAAGCCAGGUCCCCGGCCAAGAAGCCCAAAUCUGCCGCCAGGAAGGCCAGGAAGAAGUCAAGGAGCCCGAAGAAAGCCAAGAAGCCAAAGACUGUUAAGGCCAAGUCCCUGAAGGCAUCCAAACCCAAGAAGGCAAGGAGGUCGAAAUCCAGAGCCAAGUCCGGUGCCCGGAAGUCGCCCAAGAAGAAGUGAGAAGUCUAGAGGCGUUUCGGUACUCUACCCAUUGGUUCUGUAAAUAGCUGUUGCCUUUGUUUUUACUCCUUUCUACUGCAUUUUAUAAAGAAUUGCUCUAUUCGUGAAUUGAAAUAGCUGAAACAAGGCAGUUGAUGAAUGAAAAAAAAACAACAAUUUAAAAGUG